CAUUCAAAAAGGCCUCCCACCUCAACUACUCAAAAUACCCAUUUUGUCCCUUGAUCUUCUCCCUAACAGCAAAUUACCAUAGUACCCCUUGUUCAGAUCCAACCCCUUCUCAAAUCCCAUAUUUUACCAUUUUGGGUUCUGAAUUUCAGCCCCUUCGUCCCCAACCUCUCGGGCCUGAGCUGCAUCCCUGUCGAUCACAAAUUACCAUUAUACCCCUGAUCGAUUUUUGAGGGUGAAUCAAUGGCGGCUGCUAGGCCAAGCAGAAGCGAUGAGCACCUGCCAAGAGAGGCAGAGUUGAAGAUGGAAGAAGAAAUCAAACAUUAUUUUGAGGACAUGGCUCCAAAGAGGCACACAAAGCCGCAGAGGAGUGAGUAUUCAAGUGAAUACAGGGACCAGAUUGGAAUUGGAGGUGAAAGCGAAGUUAUUGCUGAGCAUGAAAGGUUCAGGCUCUUGGAGACUGAUGAUGAACAGAAAUUGGUGUACGAUGUGAAGGAGGCGGGUGAGGAAUACGUGGAAACAGAGUAUUACAAGGACCUCAACUGCGUUGACAAGCAACACCACACUACUGGAACUGGAUUCAUAAAAAUGGAGAAAUCGAGCACCAAUUCAUUCAACUUGCUUCCUGAAACCAAUGGAAAUGAGUGCCAUGCCUCAUGUAGAGGAAAUCCGGCGACCAACGAAUGGAUCCCAGCCGCAGAUCCGGUUUUUUUGGCAUCAGACAAGCCUAAGAGGAGUGAGAGUUGAGAUUUCACAUUCAAGUGAACUUCCUAUAACAUGUUUAGAAAUUUCAGUCAAUAAAUAAAUAAAUGUCUAUAUUAUGUGAUGAUAAUAGGGUUUUCCGACUUAGCUGGCCGGAUUUGUGACCGGGGAAAGGGAAUUCGAGUAUUAUAGGUGUUCAGUAUGGAAAAAGGCUAUGAUGAUGAUGUGUUGGUCAUUAGAAAGGGUGAAAUAUUGCGAAUAGUGCAAUAGAGAUCCGGAAAACUUGGGUCCUAAAAAGCUGAGUUUUUGGAGGCCUGAAACUAGCAAAUCCCUUGUAUUGUCUCUCAAAUCUCAUAUCAGAGAACUAUCGCCAUGCUAUAAUUGGGACAGUAAUACGAAUAAUUGGGAGAGUCUCCCCCUUUUUGUUUGUUAUUUACUCAUGCAAAGGUGUGUUAAUUCAUAUCUUCUCAUGUAUUAAUUAUGUAUCUACGUUGUGGUUGUUUAUAUUAGUGUUUUAAAAGGUA